UAAAAAAGAUUCAAUUGCUCGUUCAAAUGAAUUGCGAAAAGCUAUUUCCCCUGCAUUAAUUAACUAUUCAAGAAAAAAUAUUGCGGAAAUGCUUUCAAAUACCUAUAUGACACAGAUUUUUUGUGAGACACUACUUUGCGGUGAUGCAGAUAUUGAAGAAAAACGAUCAAUAUUAGAAAAUAUACCUCCUUUAAUAGGAGAAACAUCAAACGAAAAUAACAUUAUGCUGACAUAUACAAAUCGAUUCCUCAAAGUCUUGGUACAAGGCCAGUAUCAAAGAUUAGAUAACGGGCAAUCCGAAGAUAAACGAGUUGAAUUACAUUUUGCGCCAUUAUUAUUUGACAGCAUCAAAAAAGAUAUUAUAUUUUAUGCGUGCAAUGCUUCUGCAUCAUUCGUAAUACUAGCUUUAUUACAAGAUAAAGAGACUAGAUCAGAAGUUAGGAAGAUCUUGAUAAAGAAUUUGGCAGAAAUUGAACAAGCAGCUCUAAAAGAUGUUAAAUCUGGGUCUAGAUUUAUUUUGAAGGAACUUGGUUGCGAUGUUACUAGCUUGAUAAAAACUUUAGAUGAUGAAUCUAAUGCCAAAACUAA